AUGCUUGUGGGUGACUCGGUGCUAGCAAAGGGCAUCCCGGCCACAGUACGGUUCAUUGGUACCACUGAUUUUGCUCCUGGUGUUUGGGUGGGCGUUGAAUUGGCCUCAGCAGACGGCAAACAUGACGGCAGCGUUCAGGGAGUACGCUACUUUACCUGUCCUAAUAAACACGGUAUGUUUGUACGAGAAGCAAUGGUGACAGCUUCCAGGACUCCAAGCCGAAGCCUGGAAUUAACUCGUCCGUCGCUGAUAUCUUCUGAUGCGUCGUUGCCUCAAGAUAUGCCGCUGAUACAUCGAGUGGUGGAUAAGCUUCAGGCUAAGCUUAAACGGACAACAGACGAGUUGAAGGAGUGCAGGCUGAAGGUGGCUGACUUGCAGACUAAGGUGAGUACCGCUGUAUGGAUGGAAAAAGAGCAUGAAGCACUCAAACAAGAAAAGGAAGAACUUGAAGCUCACUAUAACGAAUUGAAAGAAAGCAAUACUUCACUAAAGGAUGAGUUGGAACUUAUAAGGCAGUUGGAAGAAGAAAUCAAAAGUGGACUAGCUUUGGAUCUGUGGACUGCCGACGACGCUACUAUCAUUCUCACGCGCAACAAGCAAUUGGAGUUGCUAGUUGACGAUUUGGAAGCUCUCAUUACUGAUGAUGGCCAGGAGUUGCUGCUGGCACUGGUAAGUCGACACCCAGCUCGGUUAACUUCCCAAUUGGAUGAAGCUCGCAAUAAAAUCAGCGAGCUUCAGCAGAAAUUAGAGGCACUUGCCGAUGUGGAGGUGGUGAUGGAAAGCCUUAAUGUGGAAAACGAAGACUUACUGGCCAAAGUGACUACGCUCAACCAACAUAUUGAUGAGCUCAAUGAGCUCUCUAAGAUUGAAAAUGAGGAACAAGCGAAAUUGGAAAUGAAGCUUCGAGAUGAAAUCAAACAACUUCAGGUUGAAAUCGAACAAAGUCAACAGUCAAUGGAGGAGCUUAAGCGCAAGAAUAAGUUUUUGGAGUCCAGAGUCAUCAAACUUCGAAGUGAAGCUCGUGCAAACUCUACCCAAGACGACGACGAUUCGCCGUUCAAUCAGCUGACAAUGAUACACGAUCAAGCUUUUGAAGAGCUCAAUCUUGAACUUCGUAAAGCUCAAGUAAAAUAUCAGAUCGAAAGGUUUCGCUAUCAAUUGACUUCAAUUAAGUUAGAAUCGGCCGAGCAUCAGGGCACUUCUAGUGGAUUUCAGGCUUAUAAGGUUAAAGAGUUCAAAAAAACCAUCGAAGUGAUCCUUGAUGCGUCUUUCAGUGAAAUAUCCGUCACGAUUCCCCAUAUUAUCCACAGUUUUCGGGUAUUGAUCGCUUAUUUGACGCAAAUCGAGAAGUUACUUUACUUUGGCAACAUUGAUACUUUGGAACAAUCAUUGAACUUAUUGAAGGUACAGUUCGACAAGAUUACUGGAGCGGUACUAGAUAUGACUCCACUGUUAAUUGAAGAUCUGUUUGUGUCGCAGUUCUUACACCUGCUGGCUCUGGCAGUCAUGAAUUCAGGUGAGUUAGCUGGUCGUCACAUGUUUCAAUUUUUCUUCAACUUAAUCAGCCUAGAGGUGAAAGAAUACCGCGAUAUCAUUGGAACUCUUCGAAAUCAUAUGUUGGCGUGCACUGAUAAUACCAAUAGUUCAUUAGCAGAUCUCAAAAGUCAACUUACUCUGGCAACGCUGGCUCUUGCAGAACUUGAGUCAGGGGUAACUGCGAAGCAGUUUGAGUUAGAUGCGUUGGAUGAUCACCAAACCACUCGACUUGAUUUUAAAUGGGAAUCGAUUCUUGAAAAGUGGCAUCAAUCAAGUCUGAUUGUGCUUGCAUUAAGCAGUUACAACAUUGCUAAUGAUAUCAUUCCCUCACAAUCCAAGGAUAUCAUCGAUGAACUCUUGGAUGACCCUCAGAAGCUUGAACAAAUUCAUAAGCUAAGUGAUGUAUUAAAGGCUUACGAGCUGGUUGUACUUAGUCCAGUUGAUAUUGUGGAUAUAGAAGAAGCCCCCAAAUCUAUUCAUGAUCAGGUUUCUCAUCAAUCAGAGGUCAAGAGAGCUAGCAUUGUGACUAGCUCCUCAGCUGAUUUGCAGCAGCAGGUGAUCGACGACAAACUCCAUAUUGAUAUGCUUGAGAAGAAUAUGAAGCAACUCAAUCUACAAUGGCAAUCGCAAAGAGAAGCCUUGAAAAAUCAACUUAAAGCAGUACAGGAUCAGGUUGAGACACUCAAGAAACAAAAGCAGGAGAUGGCGACCCAUACAAAAGCGCUUGAAGCCGAGGUGGCCACUCUUGUGAAAGCAAACUCGCUUUAUGAUCUCAAAGAGUUUGAUUCACUACUUGAGGAAAAUAACCAUAUUGAUAAACUUCGGAUGAUUGGAGAGAUGAAUAUGCUCAGGAAGAUGAUUGAUGCUACGUAUCAGUGGCGUCCUCAAGCUCCCGCAUUGGCACCACUCCAACGGAUGCCUAAGGUUAGGAAGGGUGAUUGUACUAUCACUGACGCCCUAUCUUUGUUAACGAAAACCACUGUUCGCCCAUUAGUGUACUCAGAAACUGAAGAAACACCUUUACACCAAAGAUUUACCUACCAACAUAAAGUGAUGGUUGAAGGGUAUGAAUGGUAUAAGGGGUUGAACCGUCGGGCUCUUUAG